GUUCAAGACAUUUGAGACAAGCAGCGUGUUUAUCAGUGGGAAAUAAGCCGUAGUAAUUCCUGCUUCACAUUUCUGGCGUAUCAUUCUUGGGAUUUCUGUCAGUGUUAAAGUGCAAAGGACACAGGAAAUUAUGGUAAGCAAACACAUCCUUAAUAACCUUGACGUGCCGACAGCCGAGAGGAAAAUAUUAAAUAAAUACGUGUUCGUGAGAAGUGCACGGCCACGCAAGCAUACUAGUUUAUUACGUUUGAGCUUUAAUAUUAACCAGACAAGAACACUGUCCAUUACGCUGUCGAUUACAAUUUACAAGUGUUUAAUUGUUUGAAAUGUUAUUGAAUAUUGGACUGUUUGAUAUAUUUCUAACACAACAUGAAAUAUCCGGACAGGAUAUCACAUACUGCUGGCAAGGAUGUCAAUACAAUCAAUCCUGCGUGUGUCUUCUUGUCAACAAUGAAAUAUGUUUUAGUUGUCGGUAAUUUCAGUACUUUAUUGCUUUUUUAUUGUGAAAACAAUGUGAAACUUGUGAAUAUCACAAGACGUGAAUGAAUUUAGAUCACUGUUUAUAUAGACAUUUGUCCUUGUUAAUUAUUAAGUACUUGUUAAAACCCUGUAUAAAUAUGUAACUAUAUAACUACAUACAUGUUGUAUAUGCAUGAUGCAACAUAUUUAGAAACAGAAUUAUGCAAAAUUUAUAAAUUCAUGAGAAGGAAUACCUCCUGCUCAGAUAAUGCAUUUUGCUUUGCAACAGGAAUAGCAUAAAUAGUGAAAUACAAGCCACAUCUGCAUUUAUAUUUGCAUAUAAAUUGCAGACAUAUUGCAACAUAAAGCUUGUGGUGGCCACUUUACAAAAUAUUAGGAGCAUACCAUUGGAAAAGUGAUGGGUGAAGAAACAAAAAACAAUUGCACAAAGGAAAAUAAAAGAAAAACAAUUUGUGCAAAGAGAAAAAGUGAAGAAAAAUAAAUAUGGUACCUUUAAAAUUUCGCAAAAAAAAUUCCAGUACAUUGCAGACGUCUAAAAACAAUUGAUGCUGAAAAUACAUGAGACGUUUGAGGUGUGCUGGUUCACUAGAACAAACCACUGGGCUCACUAAAUGCUCAAUAAAUGGUAUGAUAUAAAUAUAUUUUCUCACAAACCUGAAAUUUAAACUUUUGCAAGCCAACUCAUAGAAUCAAAAUCUGUUGAGAAAAUCUUAUUUACAAUAAUCCCGAGCCGACGGCGCGAAGUGCCGUGCGAGGGUACUAAUUCCCCCCGGCUAUUUACACCCGUGGAAACGAAAGCAUUAGCGAAGUCUAAAGUUCAUCAAUCAUCGUGCCCGUGGGUCACCAACGGUGUUCGAGUGUUGGGUGUGUGGUCAUCCUCACUGAUCUCAAAAAUAUGACGGACUGUCAUGAAUAGCGGAUGCUGAUUGGUCGAAUUUAAAGUUUGCAUUAUAACGACUGCAUGACAACAGCGAAAUAGCAAACAUUUCUUGAUUUGAUGAUUGAUAAAUUUCUUGCAAAUAUAUUUCAUUUUUGCUCGCAUUUUUGCAAGAUUUUGUAAAUUUCAAAAGCUCUCUCAGAAAGAAUCUGCGAAAGAAUCAGCUAAAAGAAGGGAGCCGACGUUAACAGAAGUAAGUUUGUUUUUAAUAUUGAUUUUAUAAUGCCUUUAAAACCCGACGGCCUUUGCGUAUAUGAAACAACUAAACAAGACAGCAUAUAUAAAUUUCAGUGUAUCUUUAAUAUUGAUUCCCUUUAUUAUUAUAGUGAAUUUUUUAAAUAAAAAAAGAAAGCAAAGUUAUUUGCAUGCGAGAAUUUGAAAUAAUUUUAUUGCAAGCUCAAAGUUUAUUGAUAAAGCCAUUUAAUUAAAGGCAGUUUAGUUUUAUAAAGAACACUUUAUAAAGAACACUUUCCCAUAUAUAUGUUGGGAAAUUGAUAAUUUUGUAAUUAAAAGUGAUAUUUUUAGGUGAUUUUUCAUUUGUAAGAAUAUUCUUAUAAAAUUAUCGUGUUACCAUGACAACUACUUUAGAUACUUCAUGUUCAGAAAAUACAAUGGUUUUGUCAGCAAGGCGAGGGUUUCUGCAUGCAUGUAUUUUCUAGUAUAUAUUGAUGUGUAAGCAUCAAGGCGUGAAAUAACGACUGGUCAACAGACAUUAUGCGGCCAGAAUGCCAAGUUGUCUGGUCAAAUUCUUGCCUUGUUGGUCAUUUUGACCGGUCACUUUUGGUAAAAGAACAAAGUUAACUAAUCUUUAUUUGACUUUAUUUUAUGUCAGAACUGCAUGUGCUAUUGUGCUUAGUUGAAACUUUGCGACCUCUCUAACUACAGCUGUUACAGACUCAAAUGUAUGGAAACAUACACUGAAUGUCAGUGAGAAAGAAUAAAGAAAAAAUAUGAUUUUGAUUAUGUUUUAUUCAUGCACACAAACCUGUUUGAAUUUAUUGAUGGUUUAAUUAAAGAGCAUCAUGUAAGUCAGAAACUUUCAGAGACUGAGAGCUGAGGAGAAAAUUAUGGGAGGCAGCUUUAUUUAGUAAUACGUAAUAAUUAAAGCGAAAAACUAUAUACAAUUAAACACAGACUAAGUCUAAAAUAGAGUUCAAAAUAAUGGCCUUUUGUGUUGACAUGAUUGCCAAGAGUUCCAUUCACCUCAUACCACCACUUAGAAAUCAUUGUCAAAAUGUUUCAGUUAAAACUGUGGCAAUUGAUACACCAGGCGGAAAUCUUAGUUUAAAGAUAAAGAGCAGAGCCCAGUAAAUAACUUUAAUUAAAACCAAACAUAAUAAAAAAUAAUAAUAAAUUUUUUACUUUUAUUAUGUUUGGUUUUAAAGUUAUUUGCUGGGCUCUGCUCUCUAUUUUGUUCCAGUGAAGUUAAGGUGACGCCCGUUUCGCACAUCUUCACUCUUCUAUCUUUUCAUUUCGCACAUCUUCACUUUUCUAUUUUAAAUCGCGAUGUAGGCUAAUGUAAGUGCAGUGCAAGCUAUUUUAUGUGAAGAAGUUUUUCAUUACUGAUUACAUAUUGGAGCUACAUAGGCGAAACAGGAAGAUCCCUGAAGACGAGAAAGUCCGAACACGUAAUGAAUCCGAAUGUGAAACAAAGCAAGAAGGGAUCGAAUGUUGCAAAACACGCAUGGACUGAAGAUCAUGUAAUUGACUUUGCCAAUGCCCAAUGCUAAAGUGAUAGAAAAGGGAAAUCAUCGAAACCUUAGAGUCCUGGCACACUGCACUAACAGACGAAGCUGAUAAUAACUCUAAUACUCUUCCAGCACAAUAUACAAUACUUUUAAGAAAGGAACUCAAGAAACAUUAAUUAAUUAAAUAUUCAUAUUACCCAUUUGUAACAUACCAUAGAUAGUCUCGGAUUUCAACCACCUACUUAAGUUUAGCGUCGUUUAUAGAAUCAUUUGUAUACACCCGUCGAAGGCUAUAGACUGAUAGCCGAAAGCUCGUAUAAUAAAUAUUAAGUCAGAGAACGUUCAAUAAAUAAUGUUUCAACCUGGCUACGCAUCCUCUAUAUUUUUUCAAUUACUGAUUACGUUAAGGCUUUUUGUCUAAGGCUUUGUUACUGAUUACGUUAAGGUUUUUUGUUGUAAGGCUUUUUGUUUUAAGGCUUUUUUUGCAUUUUUUAGGGAUGUAUACUUUACUAGGCUCUGCUUUGAAUUAAGCUGAAUAAUUUGACCCGUCUGAAAUUUGAUAUGUCCGAGCUAAAAUUGAUUUGGCUGGCAGUGGCAUGCUGGGUACUAUUUUUCAGGAGGGGCCAGUUGGCUAUAAAUCAAUUAUGCGCCCCUAUAAGGUAACGCUUGGUGAACGAGGGCUGAAGGCCCGAGCCGAGUGCCGCAGGUGCGAGGUUUUUGUAGGGGGGGGGGGCAGGGGCAUGCUCCCCCUGAAAAUUUUUAAAUUUAGAGUCUCUGAAAUUAUGCCAUUUCCUGGACUUUGGAGGAGGAUUGGACAGAAAUAUCUGAUGGUCAAGAAACGGCAUUAUAACGUGUUGAAAUUUGCAAUUUAGUUCAACAACUUAAAUUAGUAUGGUAUCGGUUUUACCACAAAUCUUUAUUUUACAUUACUGAAUUUAUAGAGGAAUAAAGUCACUCGUUGAGUAUAUCUGCAUAAAAUAUUUAAUUUUUAUUUAACGCUGAUCUCACUAAUAACUUGUAAUGUUUUACUAAAAAUUGUGCUUGCACUUUAUUGUUACGAAUCUAUCAUGUUAAUUGUCAAAACAUACAAAAAGAAUUAGACUUAAUACUAUAUAUCACGUGUUGUGUCGAAUGUUCUUAUGCAAUGUCAUAUCGCAUGUUCUCUAAUAUCUUUAAUGUUUCUCGAAAAUCCAAAUAUUCCGAUAUCCGAUAUUCAAUAACGAUUGUUAAUUUCUAGCAUUUCUGAAAAUUUUCAUAUAAGCGCCUUCGACAAUCCUGAUGUCAGACCUCCAAAGGCGGUAAUAAUCUGCUCCUCGUUCAAAAACAACCUUUCGUUCAGUCGUCAUAAGUAGCAACGCUUCAAGUUUUUCUUGAGACAUAGAUGAACGUAUGCGAGUUUUUACUCUCGUAAGAGCAGAGAAAGAGCGCUCUGCAGUUCUAGUGUAGAGCUGAUUGGAAUUGCGAUCGCGUAAACUUUAGAAAGAGAUGGAAAUGCGUCAACUAAGUGAUAAUCAGGAUUCAACAAAAUUUGCAGAGCCUCUAGAAAUGAUGGUUUAUCCUUGUCCUAAUUAAUUAAUUUGGUUCUUCAGCAGUUCCGUCGUCGCGUGACUCGCUGUCGGCUUCGAAUUCUUCUUCGUGGUCUUCGGUUUCAGAUUCAGAGUCUAAAUCAGAAUCUUUCUUCUUUGCCUUCAUCAAAAAGCACUUCACACUUGAAUUUUUGAAAAGAUUCUGCAAAGUUGAACAGUUCAUCUGGGUAUAGAUCUGGACAUCGGUGCGAGUCGAUGUGGUACAUCGUUCAGAAGCUCCUUACUUUGGCUUCCAGAUCGUGGGCGGUUGAAACGUUUUUGACGAGAUCAGGAAAACCAACUGGGGCAAAAAAUGCGACGGGUUGCAGCAAUGGUCGAUUUUUCUCAAAACGAUUUUUCAUCGAGUUGAUUACCGUGUCCAUGGCAACAUAAAACAUUUCUCGUUCCCAUUCAUCUUCGGCGCUGUGUUCUGGUUCGUCUCUAGCAAUAUCUCCAUCCAUUACUCUGUGUCAGUGAGCUCAUUUUUCUUUCCAAUCCACCGUUUCGCAGUCGCUUUCGGUGAUCGUUGUAGGCGUGAAAGAGCCGUAUCAAUCAAACCCAACGCUUUGCCGAGAUCCACGUUGACACUCUGUAAGCAUCGACUCAGCGGACCAGUAAUUGCAAAAAUUUCACGGAAAAGGUAUACGGUGGCCAAAACGCUUCGUUUCAUAGGAUGAUCGAAUCCCUUCUAUAGUUGAUCUGGCGUGUGCUGAAUAUGACCGAUUUACCUCAACUUGUUUAAGAACUUGCAUCACACACUUGUACGGCAAAAGAAAGACUUUAAGGACCAAGCAUGGGUGAUAGCUCAGUGGUCAUCACCAGAGGCCGGUUGUUCAAAGCUUGCCAGAGGUUCUCGUAUCUUUCGCUUUACAAUUCCCGCUCGUAUUUAUUUUAUGCGAGGCGAAGAGAACCUCUCGUGGCUUUAAGGAGAACUCCACCGUACCGUAUUGAUUGGCUUCAAUGAUUGGCUUCAAUGAUCUGUUUCGAACAACUGGUGAAUUUCUUGAAACUUGCACAAGAGCAAAUGAUAGCAAUGUGUGCAUACUACAUGAUUGCCAAUUUCUAUUUGCACUACUGCUUGUAAUGAGUUGAGCCACUCAUGUUGGAAGCUCCAUCAUAUGUUUGUGCGACGAUCUUACAAAAGGUUACUCCUUCGGCCUUUAACGCUAGCGCUUUCAAUCAUUUUAGUGUCAAAGGGGCUGGGGGGCUUGGCCCCCGCCCCCCUGCCAGCACGCCACUGUAAAAUGGCGGUCACCUUGACCGGCGACCCUCCAGCCGUUAUUUCGCGCCCUUAGGCGAGAUAGCUGGCGUAAUUGUGUUUAAUAUAUAGAAAAUUCCCAGCCUGGUCACCCAAGAUCUAAGGUCAGUUGAGGCAGGAUCUCGUUUAGGUGGGCCUGUUCACUUAUCAGUUCCCAUAUAAACACAAAAUGAAAUUUAUGUGCAAAGACCGGAUCUUGCCUAAACCGGGUGAGUUUGGCUUGCUUGCCCCAUAUAAACAGCUCCUUACCAUAACCCAUCUCCACACUUAGAAUCUCCAUUUCCAUCACUGCUUUUACUGCUGCGCUACUGAAUAGUAGUUCCAAAUUUAGAUAUGCUGUUUUAAUGUUUCGUAUACUUCACCGGCCAUGCCCAAACUUGUCAGCCAAUUCAAACAUUCAAAGUUCGUUAUCAAAUUUUGUUGAAGUGAAGCUGGUGAACCGGGGGUUUGAACAUGGCUUUCUGGGCACCGGGCACCACCCACCCCUCCAGAAUGUAGUAGAUGUAUGCCAGAGCAACCCUGGACCGAUUGUAUAAAAGGUUAACUACUUUUUAACUACACGUUUUGUAGUUAAAUAGUAGUUAACGAUCAAAUACGCGAUUCUGAUUUUGUUAAUUUUUGCACGAACUGCAGUUAACCUUGACUACUCUUUUAUACCCGCCUAAUGUAAUCAUAGUUUGUUUCUUUGUUAGAGUGUUGGAUACGUAACUCAGACACCCAAUGAAAAACCAGACCAGAAAGUCCCUAUAGAAGAACAAGUGAUAUGUGUAUUAAAUAAACAAAAGAUACCUGGGGUAUUAAAGUUUAUUGGUGAAACAAAAUUUAGUUCAGGUGUUUGGUGUGGCAUCGCAUUACGUGAAGCAUGUGGUAAGAAUGAUGGCUCUGUCGCUGGAGUUAGGUAUUUUGAAUGCGAUGAACGACAUGGAAUAUUUGUCAAUCCUAACAAUGUCUUCCCUGUAAAGACUGAAGAUGAACAGAAACCACUUCAAGUUACUAGUCCAGUGAGGAGAGAUGAAGAAUCUUCUACAAACGAACAGGAACUGGAGACCAGUGAUAGUAAUUUUGAAGAAGGGCGGCCCCGGUCAAAAUCAGAUGCAGUGAUAAAUGAAAAGAAAGGAGGUUCUAACGUAUUUACCAACAGUCCAUUCAAGUGUAAUAUUCGAAAUACAAAGUCAUCAUCACUUACCAAGUUAAACAAUGUCACAUAUGUAUGUCAUUCGCCAGUUUUUAAUGAUAGCAAGAACUUGUGCGAAGCUACACAUUCUACACCACUUCUUUCUUCACAUGCUACAUCGCGUGAAGUAUGCGACGGUCAAAAGAAUGAGGAUAUGCCUGUUGGUAUUGCAACCAGUACAUUACAUCAUCAUAUUGACUUGUCACCGAAGUUUGAAGUAAAGCAAUCUAUCAAGUUGGGGAGUAUCAACACCGCUCGGUUUCCGGCACCAGCGGGUUUGGGGAAAGAUCAAGAUUCAAAUCUUAAUAAGACGUUUCUGGUACGCACAGAGAAUCGUAUUGUAGAGCGAGAGGGUGAACAAGUUCAUGAAACAUCGGAGACAAGAUCUGAUUCAAACGAAAGAUCUGCUAACAACAAUGGUCGGGAGAAACAAGAAGACAUCACUUCUUCAGCCAACCAGGAAAAUACGAAUGUUGUGAGUACCAAUGAAAGUGAUGGUGAAAACGGAAGAGGAAGAUCAGCGUCUAAAUCGUCAUGGUCGUCCAUGGAGAGUCUUUCAUCUUUUGGAUCUGUCAAAUCGAACAAGGAGCGAAGUCGUUUGGGUGGAACAAAAACUCCCAGGAAAUUACCAUGCCCUAGUGAAUGUUCGAAAUCAAAAUUAGUGAAAAUAUCUGCUGAGAAAAAGCCCAAAGUAUUAGAUAGAGAAGCAGCAACUACUGCUCUGGGAAAACUAGUUUCAAAAUCUGCACGUAAACUUGUUGCGAAUGAUGCGCUCGCGAAGAAAAAUAGGACGAAAUCUACAAGUGUUGUUGCACCACGAUCUGUUCUUGCCACCCCAUCAGUGAGUAAAUCUGCGUUGAAAAUCAAAUCAAAGAGUGUAUCAUCAGAUGUUAGAGAUGGUCAGCCACUCGGCAGAAGCCGCUUGAAUUCAUCAAAAUUUGCAACUCCACUGGCCUCUAAGAUAUCCGCUCCACCUUCCAGCCGUCUUACGAGUACACCAAUAUGCAAGAAACCUACGGGGUUUGAGAAGAAGUUAAGCAAUGCAAGCGUUAGUAACCGAACAUCUUCCAUAAGCUCACUGACAAGAAAUGAUGAGAAUGAACAAAAAAGUAUAUCAAGAGAAAACAGUAAUGUUGAAAAUAAAGUAUCCUCAUUGCAAGUUAAAAAUAAGCAGUCCAGUUCAAUCAUGUCUGCUAAGAAAGAAAAGGAAAGUAAAGCAGAUAUCAGUAGAUCAAGAAACCAUUCAACAACAUCAACUAAAUCACUGUCUGCUAAAUCAAGGACUUUGUCAACAUCAGCUGCUCCUAAAUAUGAGAGUAAAGCUGUUGCUGCUCGAGGAAGAAAUCUCUCUACCUCCUGUACAACAAAAGAAGAGAUUAAACCUUCCGUGAGUAAGCUCAGAAACAUGUCUACAUCAAAAGCUGAAAGAGGAAUUGCCAAAACUAGUGGUGAGUAAAGUUGAAAUGUUUUUUUGGCACUGCUUCUUGUCCUUUAGCUACAGGUACGCUGCCAAGUCUUAUCAAUGAUUCAUUCACAACACAGUUCAAUCUUAGCUAACAAUGUAUUCAUUGUAAAUUUCCUCAAACCGUUUCGUGACUGAGAAUUCGUAAUCGCCUGACCAAUUACCUUAAUAUAACGAUUUUCACAUCUUCAUAUAUCGAAGACCAAUGAAAUACCUAUGAUAGUAAUCUGAAAUUUGCAAGAUCGAUUAUAUAAGCCUUUUCGGUAUUUAUUAUAAGAGUUAUGUGUUACGUCCUGUCCAAGCGUUUUAAGAGGUGUAACACUUUUGCAAUAGUGUAAUUUUGCCAUGUCAUUCAUUCCAAGGGGCGAUCAUUACUUUUGGAAAUUGGCAUCGAAGAGAAAUGUUUUUCUUGGUAAAAGUUUUGCUGAUCCAACCAUUAAAAGUCGAUUUUUACCCAACCUUUAAUUCUUUUACCCAAAUUUUACUAUGCACCCUUGGUUCUGUGACAUGAGUUUGAUAGCUGCUUGUGCAUUUUUCUGCAGUCUAAAGUUUCAUGUUGUCUGCACUCUGCACAUGUACUUUCUUUAGAGACACCAUUUGCCUCCUGACAAAUCGGAAAAUGAUCAAGAAAGUGACACUGUUUGAUUUACAUUUUGUAUUGAUAUAUGACUGUUAACUUUGCUUUUUAGUCGUGAGAGACGUGCUUUGGAAAUAACAAUAAGUUCUUAUUAUCCCACUCUUGAGUUGCUUUGUUUUUAAUUUAUCCAACCUUUUGCUCACUCAAAAUUUUGUUUACCCAACGCUUUUCUCUUCAGUGCCACCCCCCGUCAUAAAUAAUGACUGGUCCCUAAUAUCAACGUUUAUUUUCAAUGACUAAAUACAGGAUUUGCACAGUUACUGCAAUGUGUGUCACGAGGAACUCGAUUAUCGUGGUUGAUAUGUUCAAAAUCUAGUAAUUCAUAUAAUUAUAUUACCCGGAUAUUCUUUACAGUAAUUGAACGCAAGAAAACAUUAUGUUUUAAUAAUGAAAUUCAGCAAAUUGGAUCGAAGAACUGAAACAGACCUUGUUGAAAGUACUUCUUUUCUAGAUAUAUUUCCCCUUGUGUUAUCCGUUUUGAAAACAUGAAUCAAUCGCUGGAUUAUAUCAUUCAUAUUUUUUUUGCAAUUUACGAUUCUUCACUCUGAUGUUUUUCCCAUACUGCGACGAAUGUUAUUAAAUAUUUAUUGGUGGUUAUUCUAUAUAAUUAAUCGUUUUUCUAUCUGUCCAAUCAGAAUGUCAAAUUACCAUCUUGACAAUUUUCAUCAAGAUUACUCUUAGGUGAAAUUGACAAAUAUAUUACUAAACCGGCGUUUAACGUGUCGUGUUUCUGUGUUUGACGGAUGAAACUAAUAAUGAACAAUUAUGUUUAAGAAGGUUUGUCCACUUGGGCGACGUAAAUCGUUUAACAGACGAUUCAAACUCUUCCUUAAUAAUGAUGGGAAAUCUUUACGUAGGUUGAAAGGUUUGAAUUUUAAAAACAACAAAUUUUAGUAUAUUUUUUCUAUCAGGUUUGUAGUAAGCAUUUGGGAGGAAAGGAAAUGUUCCCCAUUAAUUAAAUCGGCGUAGUAUAUUCUUAUCAGCGUAAAAGAUUAACCGAACGCUUCGAUGUUUCAAGAGGAGACACUCUCGGGCCUUCGCUCAAAACGUGGAAGUAUAUAUAUAACCUUUUUCAGCACAACGCGUAUGAUCCAGGGUUUGAAUGAAAUAUUGGAGUGCAUGAUAAGAACGAGUUCAGUAAGUUUUACAUUAUGUUUCGGAGAGAUAUAUUACACUGAUGAAAUAUUAUUGAAAUUAAUUAGGUUUAUACGUGGCAUGUUUUCCUUGAAAUAUUGUGACGGAAUGUCAUGCAAAACGUGAGACCAGACCUUGCUGCUUCCAAGAUGUGACAGGACCAAGAUCAUGGACUGGGCUGGAAAGAUUUGAGUAAACGUCAUAAGCUAGGGCUGUAUAGAAUUUGUAAAAAAACAUUCUGUGAAAGUACACGACUGCCACUUGAUCUCAGUGAGAUAAAAACACUUCUCAACAUUUCGAUCGCAUCGUGACGAGAGUUAGUAGGCUGUCUAAAUAUCUUUAGAAAAUACCUUCUGUUUUCUUGGGUUAGUCAAAUUUGUGAACAAAGAUUGUCUGUUUAAUUUAAUAGAAAGACACCCUACUGUAAUUGAAGUUGUAGUAUCAAAUUGAUCCAGAGAAUGUAUUACCAAUAUUGUUGAUCCAAUACCUGAUAAUCAUGCACUCUCUUUACUAUAAAUCCCUCUUUCUAAAAAUGAGGUACUCAAAAUAGGUUUUAUAUCUGCGCAUGAGAUUAACACAAUUCAAGACCGCGAAGGCAAAAGGAGGUCUUUCGCUCAACACGUCGAUCGCGAAGUUCUUGUUAAUAUAUUUUCUAGAAUAUUAUUCAUCUCUACCCACAGCAGAACCACACGCUCAAAUAAUUCAUUCUUGUGUCCUUCCUAGGUUUGAAAAGUUCUUUAAAAGCACCUACAGUGGGUAGUGUGAGUGAAAAUCUUUCCACAAGUAGUAAAACACUUUCUCAGCCUCGGAAAAUAAAAACUGGUGAACCAUUGUCGUUCAAGGAGAGACAAAACUCGGAGGAAUCGGUGAAAAAAAGAUCUGUGAAAGAAAAACUUGAAAGUACAAACACUGGUUUAAGAAGUUGUUUAAAUUCAGCUGCUACACCUGACAUAUUGAAGCAAACACCAGAAGUAACACGACACUCUGUUGCAGUUCAAGUUGACACGUCACAACAUGAACAAGAAGAAACAACACAAAAGUCCUCUGAGGAGGAAAGAAAGACGGAUGCAUUGUUGGCUGCAUUUGUACAAAGAAAUCUAGAGUUUGAAGCUUGUCUUGUUGCUUUGCAAGUUUAUGCUCAAAAAGUAAGCUUUUUAAAAUAUGUUUUUGAAGAACAACACAAAUUACAUACGUCAACUAUAUAGAGAACGCGGUUGUCCUGCUCUACACUGGGUGAAACAAUAAAUAUUUUGGCUAAAAGAAAAACGCUGCUCUAUUAAUUCAACUCCAAUUACAGUUAUUUUUAACCAACAUUAACUCGACAUUUGGAGUAAAAUUGGGUUCAAAAUAACUCCACUGGAGUUAAAUGAACUUCUUGAAAUCAACAGUCGAGACUCAAGAUUGUAUUUUUAAUCCUCAACAACAACGUUUUUUAUCCUUAUGAAAUUUUCAUUAUUGCGGUGAGAGUUUAUAUGUGGUAUUCAUACAUUUUUAGGUGGAUGAUGAACGUAAAAACGCAUCACUAUUAAGAAAGAAUCUAAAGUUUACCAAGGAAAGAUAUCAUUCAACUGAAAAUAUGUUGGGUAAGUUCCAUGGUUUUGUACUGAAAUACUGUAGUGAAGUUUUGAUUUUGUAUGUGCUACUGUUAACUCCACAGCUCAAUCGCUAGACGUUGUUUUGGUUUGCCGAGUAUUGCUGCUUCAGUUGAUCCGGCUUGCGUCGUUUUAAAACAUCACGUUAAUAAACAAUUAUUGAAUGAGGUUGAGUGUGAUAUGGAGAAUUAUCAAGGCCGAGGUUUGUGUUAUCUACCGAAGGCUGUGGAUAACACAAACCGAGAUGAUGACGGCUUCAAGAUACUGAGAAUUAUCCGAUACUGAGAAUUAUAAACUGUAGGUUUGAUUUUCUCAUCUUAAGCCCGGAUCAAAUGAGGAUAAGAGUGCAUGAGAGUUGGCAGUCAAGCCACAUUGGUUAGCUGUUCUUAAUGCUUUUCCGAGACUGAAACACUCAUUUAACCUUGAAAUGUCCCCCGUAUCAAUGUGUGAGUGGCAACUCUCAUCAACUCUCUUAACCGGGGCUUUAGACGUUGAUUUUCAAAAUCACUUCGCCAUUGAACUCAUAAGAUGGGUCGUUUUCAAACACUCGAAGUCCGUGCUGUAUCAGAUUUAAAACACUUGGAUGUUGCCUCGUGUUCAUACCUGCUCGUUCUUUAAAAGAGUAAAUAACACAAGCAUUCUUUACUUGGGAGAACACAAUCCUGGUAGGGAUGUCUAAUACAACUAUCCGACUACCAACAAAACUCACCACGAAGUUGAAAAAAACCAUCAGUUUGCGCCAGGUCUGUUGUGUAAUACUGCUUUCAAACUGAGCAUUUCUAAACUUGCAAUCUGGUUAUUCGUAAAUGAAUCUUAAAGGGUAAGAGCAAUGAAAUUCAAGUCUGCUGAGAGAGAAAGAAUUCGUUAAACUGUGAAAUAAGUUAUUUUAUAACUUUUCUUUACCUCUUGAGAUAUUUUAGUUUGUUUGAUAUGCAAAUGAAAUAAAUAUAAUGACGCCACAAACUGGUAAAGUCACGCCAAAGACUCGCUGUUCAAAAUAGAUUAAACCAUUCAGAUCUAUAUCGAUGAUUCAAUUGACUAAUUUGCACACAAAAAUAUGAAGUUUUAAGUAAGGGUGCUGUGGAAUGUUUAAAUGUUGUUGGUAUAAAUAUCAUUUAACGCUCAUAUUACAGUUACAUCAACGUAUUUAUUUUCUUGUUAUCUCAGUGAAAGAAAGUAGCCAGCGAGCUCGUCUCGAGGAAGAAAUGCUCUCGGCAAUGAGUGACAGUGUUGUAGAAGUGGCAUUACUAAGAGCAGAAUACGAGCGGAAACAAGAAAUAGUUCAUGCCAAACUGAAAGAGACUCAUAAGAAAGAUUUGGAAAAAG